AUGCCGCCUACUCCUCCCGCGAGCAGCAUCAGAGGACACGUCGAAGUCCUCCGCCAUGACUUCUACCGAAAAAAAGCCCUCGAGUGGGCCAAGGUGUACGGACCGGUGAUCAGGCUCAAGGUAAAUUUUAUGAACGUUGUGAUCCUCAACGACUUCGACAGCAUCAAGAAAUUCUGCAACACAAAGGAACUGCUAUGGCGUUCAUCCACUUUAGUUGGUUAUGAGGACCGCCACAAAGGAGUGGGUUCCCUCAAUGGGGAAGCUUGGUCAGCAAACAGGAAAUUCUGUUUGAGUACGUUGCGGGACGUGGGUUUUGCAAAGACUGCUAUGGAGGACCGCAUGAUGGAAGAGUUCGGCCGCGUAGCUGACAGCAUUGGCGAGACUGGCGGAAGGCCGCUUAACGUGAACGACUACGUCAUGCCGUGCGCCUUCAACAACAUCGUGUCGUUCUUCUACGGCCGCCAGUUGACGCACGACCAUCCCACUCGCCGCGAGCUCUACCGUGUGAUGAAGCGAGUGAGCCUGGUGAUGCACUCGGGGCCCGCUCAUCAAUUCCUGCCAUGGAAGCUGCGCAAGCUGCUCUCGCACCUUCCUUUCACCAGAAACCAUCGCGUCGCGGAAUCCAUGGCGCAGCUACGGGCCAUUUCAGAGAAGCAAGUCGGAGAAUUCCAGGCGGUGAAGGAUGGAGACGAAUGCAAAGACUUCAUUCACAGAUAUAUCAAGAAGAUCGAAGAAGGCACAGGGGAAGCAAAUUCCUUCUUUACUGACUGCUACCUCGUUGGCAACGUAAACUCCUUCCUCAUGGCUGGUACCUUCAGCCCAACCAAUACGAUGACGUGGCAGAUGCUGAAUUUUGCGAGAAACGCCGACACGGUCCAAGCGCGGGUGCAACGUGAAAUUGAUGACGUGGUCGGCCACGAUCGGCAGCCAACGUGGGAGGACCGGAAGCAGAUGCCGUAUACGUUGGCCUGUGUCUGGGAAGCGGGCCGAUGGAAGACCGCUAGCCCUCUUGGCCUUCCGAGAGAGUGCGCAGAGGAUGUCGUGGUUGGUGAUUUCUUCCUACCGAAGGGCACUGUUGUUCUUCCGAAUAUUUGGGCGGUUCACAACGACCCUACUCUCUGGAAAGAACCUACAAAAUUUGACCCGGGACGCUACCUGAACGAAGAUGGGACAUUGCUUUCGCAUAAGCCCGAACAUUUGAUACCCUUUUGCAUCGGCCCCCGAGCUUGCCCAGGAGGCACGUUCGCCACAAUGGAGAUAUUUCUCCUGGUCACGUUUCUGCUUCAGAAAUAUCGCGUCGUUCCUGAGAAGCCAAUUGACUGUGACUUGGACUCCCAAGAGAUCGACCUCUCGCACGUCAGUCACAUCAAACUGCGCUUUUUACGAAGAAACACGUCGAAUUCCUAAAGGAGUGGUGCCAUGCAUGUAUACAUUUUUGCCAUAGUCGCUAAGUGCACAUUUCGGAAAGUAGACAAUUAAUUUCGACACCUCUCAGAAGUAUCUUCCUGCCUGGGCUCACAGUACAAGGGUUGCGCUUCCUAGUAGUCGUUUGUUUGCUGGUCCAACUUCAAGGG